AUGAUUGCCGCAUGGGCUUUUCUAAUUUUCUGCCGUGCUGCGGCAGUGUAUCAGAUAAGGGGCUAUCAGCCGACGUCGAACGUGGUGGCCGAUGCCCGCAUCGACCUGGAUGUCAUUGAAAUGGCCCAGCAUAUGCGGAGCUUCAUCGGAACUGGUCCAGCGGGCACAAGUACGUUACGAAUGGACCUCGCUGAGAAAAUCUACGAAGAAGGGGGUCAUGCCUGUUCACGAGCUGAAAUCACACUGCCGCCUCUGCCCGUGGCUGUGAAAUCUGGCGACAUUGUCUCCCAAUCACGAUCCAAUGACUGGCCAUGCUUUGGAGGUGGCUCCAGCGCAAGCGUUACCACAGGAGCAUAUGGACAGGAGAUGACGCUGUCCGGCCACUGCCUGGACACGACCUCGCCAUUGCUUGUGAAUGGAGUUCAGCUUGGCACACCCACGGCGGUUCAGCCUGUCUUUCAAUCUCUGCAAGAUUUCUCGGUAACAAGUCCUUCUAGGAUGGCUGGCACACCUGAGUACGACAUCCGCCGCAGUUUCUAUGGCUUUGGAGAUUAUGCACACCAAUUCAUCGAGAAUCUCUUUCAUCCAGACAGAGGCCAGCCACUGUUUGGUGGGAACUCCGGCCUCACCAGCUUCACCAGCGACAUCAUCCAGAAGUCUGUGGUCUUCAUGUCUGUUUGGAUGGAAGUGGUGCACCAGAUGGAAUCAGCAGUGGGCUUCUGCCGAGAUGCGGAUUACGAGGACAACCACCGGGAGUGCAACCUGGUUGAUUGUGAAGGGACGGCCCAGCACAAGUGGGACAAGGCUGUGGCGUAUUACGCGGGCUCGAAGUGGGAGUCUGACACAGAGGCUGUUCUGCUGGAUGCGCUGGCCAAUAGACUAUGCAAAAUGUUCGGAACAUGCUCGGAUGAUGGGCUCUCAAUGGUAAGCCAGAAGAUUUUCAGGCAUUUCCAAGACGGUCAGACGGCACUGAAGCAGGCCGAGUGCAGCAAUCUGGUCAGCGAGAAGAACGGCAUAACCUCCCAGCUGUAUGUGCCGCUGAUUCAAGACUUGCUCCGCGUUGCCCACGCACUCGCAACGGAGAGCGAUAUUCGAAGGGACCGCAGCCAGGGCAUUUUUUUCGCGAAGAUCUUGCAGCCAAAGCUGGCCACCUGCGAUCAAGCAACUGCAGAUCUUGUCGCUCGGAACAUGCUUGUGCCAAGUUCUGAGCAGCCAAUGCGGGACGGAUUUGCUGAGGUGAAGCGAGCAGUCGAGCGGACCUACACUUGCCUGGGCCUGCGCUGCGAAGACGUGGGUGGCAUUUUGCAGCCAGACAAUGCCUUGGUCAAGUACAACCUGAAGUACAAACCUGGAGCGGAGCCCUGUGGCUUCGUUUAUUUGACCGACGCGGAUCCACCGCCGGAUGCACCAAGCGGAGUUGACGUCGGAGUGGUCGUGGCGAUCGCGCUCGCUGUGGUGCUGGCUGUCGUCGUCGUGGGUCUUCUGGCCUGGAGGUUUGGCUUUGCUCGGGGCAAGGAGUACGGACGCUUCAGGAACCCUGGCGAUGGUCCAGACCGUGGAAUUGCUGCUUCACCCCUGGGGACCAAUGGGACCAAUGUGGUUGUGGGGGAGAUUGUGCCCAAAGAGCAGCCAGAAGCUCCUGCACCAGCAGAUGCUGCUAAGGUCUGA